UGGACUUCCAAAGGUAUCUUUAAAUCCUUGUAUAACGAAGUUUCUUGCUAAUUUAUUCUGCGUUUGCAAACAUUGAACCCUUUUUUUAAAUUAAUCUAGUUGGUCGUUGGUGAAAAGAUUUUCUACUUUGCUCCGACUUCUGAUUUUCCUUCCACGUUUAAUUUGCUAUGUUAAUUUGGCAACUGCAUGACAAUUAUGCUUCCACAAUUUCAUCUGAUAUGAUAAGAGAUAAAUAAAGAAGAAAUCUGUCUCUUAGUUCAUGGUUCAUUGUUUCAUUGGGUGAUAGUUGUAAGCUGAUUGUUAUAUAUAACUGUUGUAGGGACGUGUUAUGGAAAUAUAUGGUCCAGAGGCUUCUGGAAAAACAACUCUUACUUUACAUGUGAUUUCAGAGGCACAGAAGCAAGGAGGCUACUGUGUAUUUGUUGAUGCUGAGCAUGCUCUCGAUAAGACACUUGCAGAAUCCAUUGGUGUGAAUACUGGAAACUUGUUGCUUUCACAACCAAAUUGUGGUGAACAAGCACUUAGUCUUGUGGAUACCUUAAUCAGGUGCUGGUGGAAGGCCUGGCUUUGGUCGGGGUGCUGGCGGUUUUGGAGGUGGUGCUCCAACAAGCUCAAACGCUCCUUAAAUGCUUUUGACAUUUGUCCUUUUUUGCUGUUAGAUGGCAAUAGUAGGUUUCUAUCCGAAAAUUGGAUGUUUCAUCUGUUAUUUUAUAUACAUUUCGUUAUUUAUGUACUCAAGAUUUUGAAUUGAGUGUUUUUCAUAAUUAGAACGUGUAACUUAAUUUCAUGCUUCAUUAUG